AUGGCUCUGGGAGCUGACAAGACAGACAGCAAAGGAGGAGGAGAUCACUGGCCCAACCCCAGCCCAGCCCAACCACAGGCCAGCCCAACCCCAGCCACAGCCCAACCCCAGCCCAGCCCAACCCCAGCCCAGCCCAACCCCAGCCACAGCCCAACCCCAGCCCAGCACAACCACAGGCCAGCCCAACCCCAGCCACAGCCCAACCCCAGCCCAGCCCAGCCCCAGCCCAGCCCAACCCCAGCCACAGCCCAACCCCAGCCCAGCCUAACCACAGGCCAGCCCAACCCCAGCCACAGCCCAACCCCAGCCCAGCACAACCACAGGCCAGCCCAACCCCAGCCCAGCCUAACCACAGGCCAGCCCAACCCCAGCCACAGCCCAACCCCAGCCCAACCCCAGCCCAGCCCAACCCCAGCCCAGCCCAACCCCAGCCCAGCCCAACCCCAGCCCAGCACAACCACAGGCCAGCCCAACCCCAGCCCAGCCCAGCCCAACCCCAGCACAACCCCAGCCCAGCCCAACCCCAGCACAACCCCAGCCCAGCCCAACCCCAGCCCAGCACAACCACAGGCCAGCCCAACCCCAGCCCAGCCCAACCCCAGCCCAGCCCAGCACAACCCAGCCCAGCCCAACCCCAGCCCAGCACAACCACAGGCCAGCCCAACCCCAGGCCAGCCAAACCCCAGGCCAGCCCAACAUGGUUUUGAUUAG